AUGGAUCAGUAAUCGACGGCAAGACCGGGGCAGGCAGCUAGGCCGGGGAAGAAAGGAAUCUGCGCUGCAGUAGCACUCUCUGACCUGUGGGCCCCCUACCCCCCUCAUCUCUCUCCAACGUACCCACACAGCGUCCCACCUCGCCGCCGGAGCCAAUGAGAGAUCGACGACGAUCGACGUCUACCAGUCCACGAACGAGUACAAUUCGCCAUAAAUAAAUAGGGCGCCACACCCCUCAGCUCGAUCCCCUAGCUCUCGAUCGGCUGCAAGAAGCUAUAGCUAGCCUAGCUCAUCUCGCCGGAGAAGAAGCUAAGGCAGCAGGCAGAGAGAGAGAGAGAGAGAGAGAGAGAGAGAUGAUGGGGAGGGGGAAGGUGCAGGUGCGGCGGAUCGAGAACGAGGUGAGCCGGCAGGUGACCUUCUCCAAGCGGCGGCCGGGGCUGCUCAAGAAGGCCCACGAGAUCGCCGUCCUCUGCGACGUCGACGUCGCCGCCAUCGUCUUCUCCGCCAAGGGCAACCUCUUCCACUACGCCUCCUCCCACACCACUAUGGAGCGAAUCCUUGAGAAGUAUGACAGACAUGAGUUAUUAUCUGAAGGAAAUAAUGUGAUUGAAGAGUUCCCUGAGCUGGAGGGAAGCAUGAGCUAUGACCACAUCAAGCUGAGGGGCAGGAUUGAAGCUCUAAAAAAGAGCCAAAGGAAUCUUAUGGGGCAGGAACUUGACUCGCUGACACUGCAAGAUAUCCAGCAGCUUGAGAACCAGAUAGACACUUCUCUGAAUAACAUAAGAUCAAGAAAGGAAAAGUUGCUGAUGGAGAAAAACACUAUUCUGGAGAAGAAAAUUACUGAACUGGAGACACUGCAUACAUGCAUCAGGGCGUCACCCACUAAAGCUGCUGCUCCUCCUGCCUGCAAUACUGCUGAUGCAUUUGUUCCCAACCUCAACAUCUGCUGCGGCGAUUCCGGCGAGCCGGAAACCGUGACGGCGCCACUUGGCUGGACCAGCAGCAACAAUGGCUUGCCAUGGUGGAUGCUCCAGUCAUCAUCGAACGGCAAGAGCUAGAAGAUGUUCAGAUGAAAUGGUCCCUGCAGCCAUUGCAUGGUUGCUGAAUAAUGUCGUCCCAGAUGGUUAGGCAAGCAACCUAGCUAGAACUUUCAGUUAGUGAGCGGUAGUAGUAUCUCCCCCUUCUUAAUCCCUACUAUACUCCGUAGAUUAAUUCUAAGCAUCCUUUUGUUUCCAUUAUCUACGCUGCUGGUUUGAUGAAAUUCCUGUGUUGUAUUCAGCUGCAUUGGGAUCAUUGCUCAGCCUUUGGUCAUGUCUCUCACUGGAAUCAAUGUGUCAUGUCUGUCUUGCAAUCACUUCGAUCUGGUAUUCUAUUGGUCAGUCUAAUGAGUGUACCUUCUAGUACUCAGUUUUGUCUGAA